UAUUUGUCACUGACCCACAUACAUAAACAAAUACAGUACUGAACAGAUCAAUCCAUGCGUCUUAUGGGUUCCCACUCCCACCGCAGGCUGAGUGUAACUUGAGAAUUUAACUCUUUGCUUCUGGUUACCACAAGCCAAACCCCUUCUUUUUUUUUUUUGCACGGGGGGGCAUGCGUUUCUCUUGAAGAAAACAACUCGCAUGUCCCAUUGAAAAACAGCUGAGGAUCCGAAAGGAAGGAGCGGAUGAGGAGAGAGAGAGAGAGCGAAGCAGACAAAAGAAGCUGCGGCUGCGUUGAGUGUCGCGUCUUGGGAGCACGAAAGCUGGCCAUCCACUUGGUUUCUUUAUUAUUUUCAUCAGUAAAACACAUCAAGGGCGGGGGGAGAGAGAGCUCUGAAGGCCGAGCGUGUGCGUUCUGAUAUUUCGAGGUGCGUCGUAGUGAGGGGACUCGAUACCGGACUGGGCGCAUCUUAUAUCCCGCGAUAAAGCAGAACAAAGGGAGUCUUGAGCGAGGAAUGCGUGAGCCGAGCCUGGCGCCGCCGAAACAGGGCCAAAUGUGCUUCUGAGACCCACAAAAAGGCGCAAACUCUUCUGAAACAACAUUUAAGGCAACACCGAAACCCUCAAACCGCAACAAACCCGUUAUUCACCAUGUUUCCCCAAAAUCGACCUCCGGCACCUUUGCAACCACCCCCUGGGGCCUCUGCUUCAGCUGCAGCAGCGGCAGCUGCGGCUGCUGCGGCAUCGGGGUCGACCCAACCUCUGAAACUCACUUACUCUGAGACCUUGGACCGCAUAAAGGAGGAGUUCCAGUUCUUGCAGACACAAUAUCACAGUCUGAAGUUGGAGUGUGAAAAGCUGGCCACAGAGAAGACAGAAAUACAGAGACAUUAUGUCAUGUACUAUGAAAUGUCCUACGGCCUCAACAUCGAGAUGCACAAACAGACGGAGAUCGCCAAACGGCUGAACGUGAUUUGUGCCCAGCUCAUUCCAUUCCUGUCACAGGAGCACCAGCAGCAGGUGGUCCAGGCCAUGGAGCGCGCCAAACAGGUGACUAUGGGGGAGUUGAAUGCGUCGAUAGGGGUACGUGGACUCCCCCCUCUGCCUCCCACACAACAGCUGCAGGCCCAGCACCUUUCCCAGCAUGCUGCCCAGGGGCUGCCCAUGGCCCCUCACCCCUCCGGUCUGCCUCACCCGGGACUGGCUCUGGGGGGCGGCUCUGGGCUGCUGGCCCUGUCCGGGGCCCUUGGGGCCCAGCUGGCCUCUAAGGAUGAGCGAGCCCAUUUGGAGGCCGUGGCGGCAGCUGCCGCAGCCGAACACCACAGAGACUGGCCGCGGGGACGUUUACCUGCCCUUCCCAUGAUCCCCAUAGACCGUGAACCUGGACCAAGUUCACUCUCGAACGGAGACAAAGGCAGGCCUUCAGACUACCUCAGCAACGGAAAAAAGAGAAAAGCAGAUGAGAAGGAGUUUAUGACCGACUACGGCAGCGACGCAGAAAAAAGCGAUGACAAUUUGGUCGUCGACGAGGACCCUUCUUCUCCAAGGAGUGUGCAGUCGUACUCCUCCAGAGAGAACGGAUUAGAUAAACUCCCUCCUUCCCGUAAGGAGCCUCUGCCCCAAGCCAGUCCGACCUCGCUGGCUUCCUCCAGCAGUGCUGCUUCCCCUUCACGCAGCAAGGAGCCUCCACUGAGAGAGAAGUCCAGCACUCCAGGGAUGAAACCUGGUACUCCCAUGUCCCAAGAGUCGUCCACACCAGGUCCAAGCGUUCCGCCACAGUUUCGCCCCGUUCCUGGAAAGCCUGGCGUUGACCCUCUUGCCUUAGGUCUGAGGAACCCAUUGGCAGUGCAGGGUGCGUACCCACCUGGUGCAUUUGGCCUUCCUCCUCCGGGAGUUAACGGCGAGUUGGCUGGAGCCGCAGGAUACGGUGCCGGUCUCCACCUCGUCUCGCCUCAGAUGAACGGCUCGGCUGCUGCUGCUGCCGCCGCUGCUGCAGCCGCCGCUGGAUACGGACGCUCACCUGUGGUGGGCUACGAAUCUCCUCACCCUCAUAUGAGAGUACCAGGAUUACCUGCUAGCCUGCAGUCUGCAGCUUCUGGAAAACCGGCUUACUCGUUCCACGUAAGCGCAGAUGGUCAAAUGCAGCCGGUGCCCUUUCCUCCUGACGCCCUCCUCGGCCCUGGCAUCCCACGUCACGCCCGUCAGAUCCACACUCUCAGUCAUGGAGAGGUGGUGUGUGCGGUGACCAUCAGCACCUCCACACGUCACGUCUACACCGGCGGGAAAGGCUGCGUCAAAGUGUGGGACAUCAGCCAACCGGGCAGCAAGAGUCCAAUGGCCCAACUGGACUGUUUGAAUCGAGACAACUACAUCCGUUCAUGCAAGCUCCUUCCAGAUGGGCGGACCUUAAUAGUCGGGGGCGAGGCCAGCACACUGUCAAUCUGGGACUUGGCCACGCCCACUCCACGCAUCAAGGCCGAAUUGACGUCCUCGGCUCCGGCUUGCUACGCUCUGGCUAUCAGUCCUGAUAACAAGGUCUGCUUCUCCUGCUGCAGUGAUGGAAACAUCGUGGUCUGGGAUCUGCACAACCAAACGCUCGUCAGGCAGUUCCAAGGUCACACAGAUGGAGCCAGUUGUAUUGAUAUUUCCAACGACGGGACCAAACUGUGGACGGGAGGUCUGGACAAUACAGUACGCUGCUGGGACCUGAGAGAGGGCCGACAGCUGCAGCAGCAUGACUUCACCUCACAGAUCUUUUCUCUGGGUUACUGUCCUACGGGCGAGUGGCUUGCGGUGGGAAUGGAGAGCAGUAAUGUGGAAGUGCUGCACGUUUCGAAACCAGACAAAUACCAGCUGCACCUUCACGAAAGCUGCGUUCUCUCGCUCAAGUUCGCCUACUGUGGUAAAUGGUUCGUAAGCACAGGCAAAGAUAAUCUACUGAAUGCAUGGCGAACUCCGUAUGGAUCAAGUAUAUUCCAGUCUAAGGAAUCUUCGUCCGUCCUCAGCUGUGACAUUUCCCCUGACGACCAGUUCAUUGUCACUGGCUCAGGAGAUAAGAAGGCUACUGUGUAUGAAGUCAUUUACUAAACUGAAUGUGUUUUGGAACGUCGUUCAUAAAACUGAUUGGAUGGAGACCGGAUUCAUCAUUAAUUUGCCUUGGACUUGGGAGACAAAAGGCGUGGCAUGAACGUGAAAAUGGACUUUGAGACAGCGGUACGGCUGUACUUUUCGAUUCCAGGAUCGGAUGGUGGAUGUUCAGAACUGACCUUGUUGUUUUUUUAAUGCUGUGAGGAAAGCUGGUAGUCUAGCUUCAAAAACAUGGAUUUUCUCCAAAGACCUCCUCUUUUCUUCUUCUAUCUUUCUUUUUUUUUUUUUUUUUUUUUUUAAACAAGAUGAAACCUCUGUAGUGAAUAUAAUAGUAAAAGAAAUCUUAUUUUUUUAGCCUUCGGAAUUUUCACGGAAAUGGACGAUUAUGGAGCCGCAGUGUAUGAAUGAAUUAUGACGAGACCUAAAGGACUGGCCUAUGACUUCUUCAUCGAUCGUUUUCUUAAAGCUGACCUGAUCUCGGCUCUGUGUUAUGAUUGUAUGGAUGAUGUUUAAGAUCAUGGACUAUGAUGUAGGACAACAAGGCUCUGGAUUUUAGUGUUUCAUUGACUUCAGGGAAACGGCUAUAAAGACACUCAGUUAACGUCCUAUCACGUGAAUACUGUAUGUUGGAGCAUGUUGAAAAUUAUUUUGACUUUGGUCGCAAACUUGGUAUGUAUGAACUGUAAAUAAAGCUCUUUAAAAG